CAGAAUUGGCCUGGGCAGGCGUGUGACCCCAGUGCCCCAGACGGGCUGUGCCCCAACAGCCACCUGUCUUCCUACCCAUCUGCUCCCCAGAGUGCUGCCUGCUCUGGACCUGAGUCCUGGAGCCCUUCUCUACCCGGAUAGGUUCUAGAUCCUCCUCCUCCUUGGCCCACCUGUGCCCCACCUGUACCCCACCCCACUCUGCCCAGAAGUGCAAGAGCCCAAGCCGCCUCCAUGGCCCCAGGACGGAUUCAGGGGAGAGGCCCCAUUCAGGGAGCCACUCCAAGCAGACAGCCUGGCCAGAAUGGAGCUGACUGAAUUGCUCCUCGUGGUCAUCCUUCUCCUAACUGCAAGACUAACUCUGUCCAGCCCGGCUCCUCCUGCCUGUGACCCUCGACUCCUAAAUAAACUGCUUCGUGACUCCCAUGUCCUUCACAGCAGACUGAGCCAGUGUCCAGACAUUAACCCUUUGUCCACACCUGUCCUUCUGCCUGCUGUGGACUUCAGCUUGGGAGAAUGGAAAACCCAGACGGAGCAGACCAAGGCACAGGACGUUCUGGGAACCACGACCCUUCUGCUGGAGGCAGUGAUGGCAGCGCGGGGACAGCUGGGCCCCACUUGCCUCUCAUCCCUCCUGGUGCAGCUUUCUGGGCAGGUCCGCCUCCUCCUUGGGGCCCUGCGGGGCCUCCUAGGAACCCAGCUUCCUCCACAGGGCAGGACCACAGCUCACAAGGAUCCCAGUGCCAUCUUCCUGAGCUUCCAACAGCUGCUCCGAGGAAAGGUGCGCUUCCUGCUGCUUGUAGUGGGGCCCACCCUCUGUGCCAAGUGGACCCCACCCGCCACAGCUGUCCCAGGCAGCAUCUCUCCAUUGCUCACACUGAACAAGCUCCCAAACAGGACUUCUGGAUUGUUGGAGACCAACUCCAGUGUCUCAGCCAGAACUACUGGCUUUGGACUUCCGAACAGGCUGCAAGGAUUCAGAGCCAAGAUUCCUGGUCUGCUGAACCAAACCUCCAGGUCCUUAGACCAAAUCCCUGGACACCUGAAUGGGACACAAGGACCCUUAAGUGGAAUUCACGGACUCUUUCCUGGGCCCUCACCCAGGACCUUAGGAACCCCGGAUAUUCCUCUGGGAACUUCAGACAUGGGCUCCCUGCCACCCUACCUCCAGCCUGGAGAUUCUCCUUCCCCAGCCCAUCCUCCCCCUGGACAAUACACACUCUUCUCUCCUUCGCCCACCUCACCCAUCCCCAUGGUUCAGCUCCAAUCCCUGCUUCCUGACCCCUCAGCCAUCACGCCCAACUCUUCUAGUUCUCUUCUAGUUGCAGCCCGCUCUCACUUCCAGAAUCUGUCUCAGGAAGAGUAAGGUACUCAGGACUGCCAACAUCAGCCUUCUUGUACAGUCCUCUUACUUGUAGGAGAGGCCCUGGGAGACAACUGCAGCUAUACAGGCAUACCUCAUUUUAUUGCUCUUUGUAGAUACUGUAUUUUUUACAGAUUGGUUUGUGGCAACCCUGUGUUGUCAGAUGAUGGUUAGCAUUUUUUAGAAAUAAAGUAUUUUUUAAUGAAGGUAUGUGCAUUGCUUUUUUAGACUUGAUGC